UGUGUGUGUGUGUGUUUGAGAGAGAGAAAGAGAGAGAGAGAGAGAGCACUGGCAAUGGCUCUUGUUCUGCUUCGAACACCCUCUUCCUACUCUCCACCGUCUGCCACCGCUCCUCUCCUACCCUUCACCACCGCCUGCCGUUCUCCUUCCCGCGUUCCUUCAUCCGCUGGCCACUGGAAGCGUGUCCGCGGCCUCAGGAUUGCGUCAGGCAGCGGAAGAGGCCUCGCCUUGACGCACGCGGACACAAGCGGGGACCUGAAGGAGAUACGCGACUGCUGCACCGUAUGGAAGUGGAAGGAUUUCGACGUCAAUUACCUUGUCAAAGGGAAGGGUCCGCCUCUCCUUCUUGUUCAUGGCUUCGGUGCCUCCGUCGGCCACUGGCGCAGGAAUAUUGGAGUAUUAUCUGAGUGCUACACAGUUUAUGCUCUUGACUUGCUGGGAUUUGGUGCAUCAGACAAGCCGCCAGGUUUUGCUUACACAAUGGAGGGCUGGGCUCAGUUGAUUCUGGAUUUCUUGGAUGAAGUCAUAAAGAAGCCUACGGUGCUUGUUGGAAACUCAGUUGGAAGCCUUGCAUGUGUUAUCGCUGCUUCAGGCUUUAGAACACAUCUGAUGUCGAAUGGUAGUGCUUUAAUUUGUAAACUAGAAUCUAAUGGAGAUCUUGUCCGAGGGCUUGUGCUGCUAAACUGUGCUGGUGGCAUGAACAACAAGGCGGUUGUCGAUGAUUGGAGGAUCAAACUUCUUUUGCCCUUGCUUUGGUUGUUUGACUUUUUACUGAGCCAAAGGGUGAUAGCAUCAGCUCUUUUUGAGCGUGUUAAACAAAGGGAGAAUCUCAAGAAUAUCUUACUUUCAGUUUAUGGAAACAAGGAUGCUGUUGAUGAAGAUUUAAUUGAGAUUAUCAAGGGACCAGCAGAUGAUAAAGGGGCUCUUGAUGCAUUUGUUUCCAUUGUCACUGGCCCUCCAGGGCCAAAUCCCGUGUCCUUGAUGCCAAAGAUUUCUAUUCCUGUUUUGGUUCUAUGGGGUGAUCGAGAUCCAUUUACUCCUAUUGAUGGGCCUGUAGGAAAAUACUUCUCUUCUUUGCCAUCAAAUUUGCCAAACAUAGAACUGCAUGUUUUACCGGGAGUUGGUCACUGUCCGCAUGAUGAUAGACCGGAUUUGGUCCAUGAGAAGCUUCUUCCCUGGCUAUCUAGUCUUCCAUCCAUGAGCGAGAUAUCUACUGGCUAGUUGCACUGUUAUUCGUUCGUUCGUCGCAAUGUUUCAGUAAUUCCUCUGCUGCCAGGAAAAAUUCGCCUGCUUGUGCUUCACAAAAGGAACUAGCAGGUUGAUGCAUCACGAUCGUAAACAGCUCUCUCUUGGAAAACUAUUCAUAUAUUGUGUGAUUUUGAAAAGAUAAGUUAGCAGAGACAGAAUAUAGUUUAUGUUGCUACAUUUUAGCCAUUAAUUAACUUUUUGCUCUUAUUUCCGGAAUCAAGUGAGAUCACAAGCUAGUGUCGGAGAUGAACUCCGUGAAACGCUCAAGAAUAUUUAACGCAACACUUCAAAGAGUAUGUACAGAUUAUUCAAUUGCCUAUGCAAGGAAAAGAUUUGUUGUAUGCUUUUGUACCCCUUUCUAGUGGAAUUUCUAUAUGUAUGAUGAGUUCAAUUUUGGUA